AUGGACAACAACCCGGUCUCGUCCAGCAAUGCUUCUGAUGGUGGUGCCGAGCGUAAAAGGCGAUUUGGAUCCCGAUCAACUGCUCUUCAGACGAUUGAAGAUGUUGAUCUCACUGGGAAAACUUUCCUAAUCACUGGAACUACAUCAGGAAUUGGUAUAGAAACGGCAAGGGCGCUGGCUCUGAAAGGUGCUCAUGUUGUCAUGGCGAAUAGGAAUAUCAUGAGAUCGGAAGCACUAAAGAAUAAGCUACUAGCUGAGAAGGUAUGA